UCACCUUUUAUCCAACACAACAAACUGCUGCCGGGACAGACAGGAAACAGCCCGCAGCUGAAAGUAAGGUUUGAUGUGAUGUCCACAUCCAAGACAGAAAUGGCAGGGUGGUGACUCAGUGGCCAUUAUGGAGGGAGUAAUGAUUUCAGUGGUUUAAGUUCUCCAGGCAGCCAGAAUGACGAGCCUCCAGCUGAGUGCGAAGGAGGAGAUGGUGGAGAGGUUUCUGGAUGCUGCAGCCCGAGGAGACCUGACCCAGGUGUCUGUGCUGCUGUCACAUGCCCCCUCACUCAUCAACCAGACGGGAUACAGUGGCUGGACGGCCCUGAUGCUAGCCGCUCGCAACGGACACUACCAUGUGGUGGACGCGCUGCUGUCACAUGGCUGUGACAAGUUCUCAGUGAACAGUUCGUCACAGACCGCCUUUGAUAUCGCCAAAUUCUGGGGCCACAGACACAUCUCAGACCUCCUGGGUCGGACAGAUGACGGCUGCCAGCGAGUCCUGCCAGGCUCUGACCUCAACCAGCACGAGAACUAUUUCAGCAGAGAGACGCUGGACCGGCUGAGUGGGAAGAGGACGGACAAAGUCUGGUUGGAGGCCAAACAGAGUGACCCAGACACAGUCUACCUCCUGUUCUCCAACCUCAGCCCCAUGGUCAGCAGCUCCCAGGAGGACGACAAUGCAGGGGCUGAGACCAAGCUGUGCCAGUUCAGAUAUGAGGCAGUUAAAGACCUUCUCCAGGAACCUGCAACUGUGCUCAUCUUCUUAGGAGUGGAGAAGAGGAAAAAGCAGUCCUCUUCUUCCUCCUCCUCUCAGACAGAGGAGGGUGUCCAGGAGCCUCCUGCUUGGUUUGCCAUCAGCACAGAUGAGGAUGCUGCUGGACUUCUUAAACGCUGCAGAGAAAAGAACUGCUCCUUCCCAAAGUCACCCAACAGAGACCUGCUGAAAUUCAAUGAGGAAGAGGCCGGAGUUGUGGCUCAGGCUCGAUCAGUGUUGGCCUGGCACAGUCGCUACAGCUUCUGUCCGACGUGUGGCAGCAGCACCAAGCUGGAGGAGGGAGGAUACAAGAGGAGUUGCUUGAACUCUGACUGCAGCAGCCUUAAGGGGGUUCACAACACCUGUUAUCCACGAGUCGAUCCUGUGGUCAUCAUGCUGGUGAUCCACCCUGAUGGAAACCAGUGUUUACUGGGAAGGAAGAAGAUAUUUCCAGCUGGCAUGUUCUCUUGUCUGGCUGGAUUUGUAGAGCCUGGAGAGGCGAUCGAGGAGGCCGUGAGGAGGGAGGUGGAGGAGGAGAGCAGUGUGAAGGUCGGACCUGUCCAGUAUGUCUCCUGCCAGCCCUGGCCGAUGCCUUCCAGCAUCAUGAUUGGCUGCCUCGCUGUUGCCAUAUCGACCGACAUCAAAGUGGAUGAGAACGAGAUUGAGGAAGCUCGGUGGUUCCCACGGCAACAGGUGAUUGAUUCCUUGCUCAGAAGAGCCCCUCCAGCCUUCACCGUCCCUCCCAGACAGACCAUCGCCCACCAGCUGAUCAGACACUGGAUUGGUAUCAACUCAAACCUCUAAUCUUUAGCACUUUAACCCCAGCCAGUUUAGGCAGACCUGCAGACAGUAAGAUGGGUCUAAAAAACCAUCAGCUGUCUGGACAGUUGUUGCUCUAUCACGACAAACCAGCUGCCAGUCAAGUGAGGUUGUACAUGACACAGUGCUAAUGUUAAAUAACUCCAAAUGCACUGCUUGUUUGUGCAAUGAUACAGCCUUUACAACACCUACAGUUAAAGACAGAACUGUACAAACUGGGAAAGCUGACAAAUACACUCUUACUUGACAGCAACAGUCACUUCAGAUCUCAAGUUUGGACUUACACAUGGGAACUUGCAGUGUGACAGUGGAUUAAAUAAAAAGUGCAAAGGUUGGGAAGAAAUGGAAGCAGCCUUGUUCCAGAAAGAAUUCAAAUAAAUUAUGUCAACACUACAGAUGCUUAGAGCAUAACAAAACCAACAUUUUAAUGCUGAUGCACAAUAUGAAGACAUGUCAAAACAAAUAUUUUUAAUAAAUGCCUGGAUAUGUACAGUUUAAUGUCUGUUGGCAUUAUGUUCAUGCAAAUGGAAGUUUGUUGUAGAUUUUUCUUUUUGACAGCCAACAACAUCUAUACUGGGAUAAUGUAUACUAUAUAAAUUUUAGACAAAUCUCGACAUAAAAUUUAAGCUCUGCCAUUCAUUAUUACCGUUAUCUAAAACUCCACUCUCAAAAUCAAUAACCAUUAAUCAUCUUAAUACAUGUAGUUUAAUACAGUAUUUAAGCAAAAGAAAAUUUUAUGUCCCCCUGAAAAAUUCUUCUUUACAAUUUGACUACUGCUAAGAUGAAAACAGCAAAAUGGCGGAUCACUGAUACUGAUAAUUGAUGUAUAAACGUUGUAUGAAGUGAAAUGAACUGGAAAUAUUAAAUUGUUAAAUUUAACUAA